AUGAACGACAAUGAACUUAACGAGAUGUUGGCGAGAAACAAUGAGGAGGUUGAGAUUUUCCGCAAGAUGGAUCUCCAGCGAGAACGGGAUGCAUUAGACGUGUGGCGUGCAGUCGGAAACAGGGGGAAACCGCCAUUGCCGCUCAUGCAGCUUGAAGAGCUACCUGAAUGCUAUCAGACGGAUGAACCAUUCGAGCCGAAGGAAAUUGAUGAUGCCAUUGAGGGCCGUGGUCAGCGCCAUUGUAAUGUCGUCAAUUAUAAUGAUGGUCUGAGUGAUGAGCAGUGGGCGAUGGCUGUGGAGGACGGCGAGGAUUUGCAAGAACUCAUUGACCGUGCCCAUGGCAAGAAAGAACGAUGAGCUGCCAACAAGCUUCUCAAGGAUACUGAUACACCUGGUCGUAACACUCCAGC